UUCGUUCUGCUAGACGUGUCAAAACAGCCACAGAACAGAGUUUUCCCAAGAAAAAAUUGUUACUUCACACGAUGGUGAUAUGAGGAAAAUCCAACGAAGUCAAAUUAAAUUUUCAACGCAAUUAAACUAUAACAAUUAAAUUAAACUAUACACAUUAGAAUAUUUCACCUAAUAAGUGGCAGCAUUAGCAUUUGUUUCUUUUUUUUAAUUUAUUUUAAGAACUUAUUGUUAUUUAUAAUCGUUUUGUAAAAUAAUGGCAGGCCAAAAGUUUCAAUACGAUGAGAGCGGCGGAACGUUUUAUUAUUUCCUUUUAUCAUUCCUCGCCCUAAUUCUAAUACCGACAACACUUUACUAUUGGCCGCGCAAAAAGAAAGUCGAUCCACGAAAGACAAAAGAAGAAUGUCAAUGUCCGGAUUGCCAAACGAAAAAGCUAAUUUUAGCAGCAGCUGAACCCUAUAAGGCGCUCAAAUUGUUCUUGGUCAAGUUGACACUGGUCUUGGGUUGGGCGCUGUUGGUUUUCCUCGCCUAUAGGGUGUCACAAUUCGAUUACGAAAUGGCCAGUUUCGAUCCAUUUGAGAUUCUCAAAAUUCCACCAACCUCAUCGGCGGCGGAUAUCAAGAAAGCCUAUCGCAAGCUUUCUCUGAUUCUCCAUCCCGACAAGGAGACCGGUAACGAAAAGGAAUUCAUGAUGCUAACGAAAGCGUACCAAGCGCUCACCGAUGACGUGGCCAAAGAAAACUGGGAGAAAUAUGGUAACCCAGAUGGUCCCGGUGCCAUGUCAUUUGGUAUUGCUUUGCCCUCCUGGAUUGUCGAGAAGGAGAACUCUGUGUGGGUUUUGGGUUUGUAUGGUCUAGUUUUUAUGGUAGCAUUACCCUCCGUGGUCGGAAUGUGGUGGUAUCGCUCGAUAAGGUUUUCUGGAGACAAGGUUCUGUUGGAUACGUCACAGAUGUACUUCUACUUCUUUCACAAGACGCCACAUAUGCUACUGAAGAGAGUCAUUAUGAUAUUGGGAGCGAGUUUGGAGUUUGACCGACAGUACAACAAACAAGUGGUGGAACGACUUUCCGACAACGAUGAAGUCCCAGCGCUAAUUCGACAAUUGCCUAAUUUGAAUGAAAAAUGCAAAGAACACCCGCUGUGUCGUUUGUAUUCGAUUAAGGCACGAGCUAUCAUUCACGCUCACUUGAGUCGCAUGCCUCUGAAUCCAGAUACUCUCGAAAAAGAUCGACAGUUGAUUGUUAAGAAGUGUCCUUAUCUCAUUCAGGAAAUGGUUUCUUGUGUUCAUCAACUGGUGAUGUUGGCAUAUGCUAGACGAGUACCUCGAAUUCCAACACUGGAGACAAUCGAAAACUGCAUGAAACUCUCACCGAUGGUUAUUCAAGCUUUGUGGGAAUUUAAAUCGCCACUUAUGCAACUACCACACAUUGGAGAGGAUAAUUUGCACUAUAUUAUGAAGAAACGGCAUUUAAAGAAUCUUCAGCAAUUCGCUCAACUCAAACCCGAGGAGAGUAGAGUUCUGUUGAGAAGUUUGACUGAUUUUGAAUAUGAUAAUGUAAUGAGAGUUCUUGGAAAAAUGCCUCUAAUUGACUUUUCAAUUCGUUGUGAAGUUAUUGAUGAUGAAAACACAAAUGUGGUAACAGCUGGAGCUAUUGUCACUGUUACAGUAACUCUUGUAAGGAAAGAUAUGAAAGUAUUGUUCGGAGACACCGAAUCACCAGCUAAAGAAAGUAUCAAGGAAGAAGAAGUCGUAGAGGACACACCCGAAGAAGGUGUUGCAGCUAACAACACAGCACCUCCUAAAAAGCAAACAUGGGCUAAGCAAGGAAAACGUGGUGGCAAAGGUAAAGGUGGCAAAAAAGGAGGUGUUAACAAACCAAAAACCAACAAGGCAGCUACAACAACAUCUUCACCACCUCCAUCAUCAAGUGAAGCACAAAAAACACCAAAACCGACAUCAACAACUACAACAGCUGCAGAUAACCAACAAGAUCAAUCAAAGCAUAAUUCAGGAGACGAAUCAGACGAUUCCGAAAUUGACGAGAAAGAAUCCCCUGCAGGAUCGGUUAGUGAUGAUGACGAGAAGAAAAAUUCAUCCCUUGACGAUGAUGAUGAUGAAGAAUGGGACCGUUUGCAACAGAAACUCAACAAACGAGAGAAACUCGAAGGAAAAUCACGCAUUUCGCACACUGUACACUGUCCCAUGUAUCCAGAAGAAAAACAGGAAUACUGGUGGACAUAUAUCUGCGACCGCAAGUCACGCACGCUUCUUACAGCACCAUAUCAUGUGACAAGCUUAAAAGACAGAGAAGAAAUUCAGUUGAAAUUCACAGCUCCGCGAUGGGCCGGUGUCUACACAUUUACCGUUUGCUUGCGGUCAGAUUCAUAUCUCGGUAUGGAUCAACAACAAGAACUCAAAUUGGAUGUGAAAAAAGCACCAGUACCUCCGGCUGAUCAUCCCCAAUGGGACAUCAGCGAAUCCGAAUCAGAGCACAAGGACGAACAAGAGCACGAAAGUGAAUUCACGACUGAUACAUCUGAUGAUGAGGAAUAAAUAUUUUCUUUUUUUUUUGUUUUAACUUUCUUCCAAUUCAAAUCAUCACAGAACACACACACAUUGUUUGCAUUCUGAUUUGAAUUAAAAAAUGUUUCUAAACAUUGAAGAUAUUAUUAUUCUGUUCGUUUAGUUUAUUAUAUGGAUUAUAUUUAUAAAAAAAAAACACAAAAACUAACAAAAAAAACGUAUUGUCUCUUAUAUGUAUAUUCCAUUCCAAAAAAAAAAAAAACAAAAAACACACAAUAUGGAUUCACAUUAGUUUUCUUUGUUGAUCCAGAUAUAUACAAUCAUAAGUUUUGAAUACAAGAUUAUAAGAAAGUGAAGGCGAUUUUUUUAAAAUUCAACAAACAAAAAAGCAUUGUUUAAUAAAAAUAGGUCCUUGUAAUAAAAAAGAAGUAAUAAAUGUUGGAAAAGAA